AUGGAUGAUUCAUCACCUCGUUCAAGAGAGGUCGUCAACACCCUGUUCCAGAUCGACAGGCUGACGGAGAACCAAAUCCGUGCUGUCCUUCGCCACCUUACGAUUGACGAUGCCGUGUUCAAUGAGGCCCAGUGCUCACACGUUGCUGGCCUCAUCAGCGGCACUUUGCACCAAGUGCCUCGGGAAGGGGUCAAUGCAACAUUGACCUGUGAUACCAGCUUGAAAGCUGCGGCCAGCUGGGAAAAGAGCUUUGCCAGCUACCCAGGUCAUGUCUCUGCUACCUUUCACCAGAACUCCCUCGACAGCGCGGCCAACAAUAAAAGCACUCCGCCACGUACGAGCUUGCCUAGAGCUGGGGAGACCGCGCCUGCAGAGGCCACGGGUGAAUCAAACGAUAUCAAAGCUUCUACCAGCGGGCCUCUUGAUCUCAAAGGUCUCACCAUUGUCAAUCAUGGAAACUUGACGCUACACUAUCAUUCAUACAUGGAGACUUCACAUGAUACACCCCAGUCAGCCAUUCUGCCUCGCAAGCGCACCUUCGCGGAGACAGAGGAUCAGCAGUACUCUGAGGCCCUGGCUUCGCUCACGGACUUCAACAAUUCGAUUCCACAUGCAUCUCCCCUUGAAUCCCUUGGAAAGCUGUUGAAGACCAAGGAACCAGAGACUGGCAGGGAGAAAGGAGAGAUUACCAGGGUCGAACCUGAGGCUCUGGAGCAGAGCGAGCAGCACGACGAGAAGUGCAAAGAGCAAGAAGAACAGAAUGACGAGCAGGUCCAGAAUCGAAAGGAAGAUCAGGAUGCUGUACUGAACGAUGAUCCAAUGAUCGAGAAGAAGAACCGACCAAGAAGAUGCGCGAGAUGUGGGGAGCGCUACGAAAAAGCUGACAACGAAGGACUGAACUUGCCUUGCUGUUACCAUCCAGUCAGGUCUGCUAGUUUCGAAGCUUUGCUGUUCUACUGA